ACAGUGGACAACACUUUCAAAGUCUUGAUUUCUAAGUACAAGGCUGAUGUUCUUGCACCAAUAUUUGUUGCACGAAAGCAAUGGUAUUUGACCGGGACCAACACCGGUCACGUAAAAGGGUACAGUUACGAGAGAAUGGAGGAUGUCAAAACUUUCAAAGCUCAUGAUGACAACGUCAGGUCUUUGGACAUCCAUCCAACGAAGCCUUAUCUGUUGUCAGCAUCUUACGACAAACGAAUCAAGGUGUGGAACUGGGAGAAGGGCUGGGAGUGCGUUAAAACUUUUGACACGCAGUGCUUGAUAUAUGAAGUCAAAUUUGUCCCUACAGGUGCAGGUUAUUUUACAGGCGCUUCCUUGAGUGGUCUACAGAUAUGGAAUAUUGGUUCUUCUCAAUGUGAAUUCGAAUUGGAUGAGGGCAUGCUGUUGAGUUUUGACUACGUGACCCACGGUGAUCGGCUGCAAGUGAUCACUGGUCAUAUUGAUAACCCAGUCCGUGUAAGGGAUCAUCAGGAAAGAACACAUUAUUAG